GGGUAUAGCCAGAGGGGAGGAACUCCAUUGAGCGUUCCUACUUAGUAGUUAUCGUUGAAGACUUUGAAGGACUUUAUCCGGGGAGGUUGGGAGGAGCAGGUACACAGCUAACGGAACUCCCAUCCGCUGUCAUUUUGCAACUUGUCAGACAGAGGAACCACAACUCACGGCUAAGCACUGGAAGAGGAUGCGUGUACUAUAACUAAGCUACCUGUAUAGAGACUGACAGGAAAUCCAAGGACACGAUCUCCAAUUCUGCUCUGGCUUGCUCUCUCUUGAUAUAAUCCCUAUGUGACAAAUGACAACCUGUACUGCUGUCUGUCUGUCUGUCACGUGUCCAACUAUAUCUGAGGGUAGCCCCUCAGCAGUAGGAAGAGUUCCUCUGGAUGCAUUUGUCAAUGGAUACCUUGGGAAUGGUMGACGACGGCUGCCUGUCACCAGACAACUACCAUGACAUGGUGAAGGGAGGAGGGUCUAGCGGAGGAGGCCGGGUCCACAGCAUCGAUGUGAUCUUGGGCUUCAGUAAGGACCAGGACCCUCUGCUGACCCCUGUGGGGGACGUGGGGGCCCAUAAUGUGGCCCCUGAGGGCCUGGAGGACCACCAGGGGAAGCAGGUCAAGUCAGACCCCUACGGACAGCUGGCCAGCCUGGGGGACAGCACACAGCACUCUGACUUCCAGGAGUCGGGCCUUUUCUCCAGUGAUACGUGUGAUGGGGACCUGGGGGACCUCCAGAGGGGUUUGGACACCGACAGGGGGAAGUCACCUGAGCCCCCAGAGGAAGACCACCCCAAGAAGAAGCACCGCCGUAACCGCACCACCUUCACCACCUACCAACUCCAUGAGCUGGAGCGGGCCUUUGAGAAGUCCCACUACCCCGACGUCUACAGCAGAGAAGAGCUGGCCAUGAAGGUUAACCUCCCAGAGGUCCGCGUACAGGUAUGGUUCCAGAACCGUCGGGCUAAGUGGAGACGUCAGGAGAAGAUGGACUCCAGCUCCAUGAAGCUCCACGACUCCCCCAUGCUGUCCUUCAACCGGUCGCCCAUGCCCUCCAACAUGGGGCCCAUGUCCCACCCAUUACCCCUGGACCCCUGGCUGGCCUCGCCCAUGUCCAGUGCCACCCCCAUGCACACUAUCCCUGGCUACAGGGCCCCAGGGCAGGGCCCUCACCUUCAGCCUGCCUACCCCAGCCACUCCCACAGCUUCCUCAACAGCCCCCCAGUACAUGGUGUGGUGCACCAGGGGAUGGUGCAAGGAAUGCAAGGGAGGCAAAGCAUGCAGUCAAUGGCUCCGCCUCCCUACCAGUGUCACCCUAGCUUCAAUGAUAACUACCCUAUGCAUGAGGAAGUGGAACGUAGCUCCAGCAUCGCAGCGCUGAGGAUGAAGGCUAAGGAGCACCUUCAUUCCUUGGAUAAAACCUGGCAGCACAUGUGAUCCAUUGGAGAGGAGAUGUUCUGUAUGAAGGCUGUCAACAUGUGAUUGUAAUUACAAAAACAAAGACGUUCUGUAUAAAGGAUGGUCAACUUCAACARGUGAUUGUAAUCACAAAAACAAAGACAUUCUGUAUAAAGGAUGGUCAACUUCAACACGUGAUUGUAAUCACAAAAACAAAGACYUUCUGUUUAAAGGAUGGUCAACUUCAACACGUUAUUGUAAUCACAAAAACAAAGACAUUCUGUAUAAAGGAUGGUCAARUUCAACACGUGUGAUUGUAAUCACAAAAACAAAGACAUUCUGUAUAAAGAUGGUCUCUAUUUUCCUGGAUAUCAAAUGAAUGGGGGGGGGAACACAUCCUGAUGGAGAGGAUAUGUGGCACCUUGUCAACUUGUUGAGUGACUUGUGAAAACAGAACUGAUGAUCAAUUUAUCACCAAGCUUUGAUGAUCGAUUUAUACUCCGGAUUCAAUUGAACUCGCACUGUAGUGGUCUUGCGAUGGUGGGCUGGAUU